UAAAUAAAAAUUCGCUCGUCAUUGUUUUUAAAGUUUACUUCUUUUGCUCGUAGUCGAAUAUGCAGAUCUUUGUGAAGACCCUCACCGGAAAAACAAUCACCCUCGAGGUGGAAAGCUCAGACACCAUCGAUAAUGUUAAGGCCAAGAUUCAAGAUAAAGAAGGCAUCCCUCCGGACCAGCAGCGAUUGAUCUUCGCCGGAAAACAGCUUGAGGAUGGUCGCACAUUGGCGGAUUACAACAUCCAGAAGGAAUCGACUCUCCAUCUGGUCCUCCGUCUACGCGGUGGCAUGCAGAUCUUUGUUAAAAUCCUAACGGGCAAGACAAUUACUAUUGAAGUCGAGAGCUCCGACACAAUUGACAAUGUCAAGGCCAAGAUUCAGGAUAAGGAGGGGAUUCCUCCGGACCAGCAGAGGUUGAUUUUCGCCGGGAAGCAGCUGGAAGAUGGAAGGACUCUCGCCGACUAUAAUAUCCAGAAGGAGUCGACUCUCCAUCUGGUCCUCCGUCUCCGCGGCGGUAUGCAGAUCUUUGUUAAAACCCUAACCUGCAAGACUAUCACUCUCGAUGUCGAAAGCUCCGACACCAUAGAUAAUGUCAAAGCUAAGAUUCAAGAUAAAGAAGGCAUCCCUCAGGAUCAGCAGCGAUUGAUCUUCGCCGGAAAACAACUCGAGGAUGGCCGCACCUUGGCGGAUUACAAUAUCCAAAAGGAAUCGACUCUCCAUCUGGUCCUCAGGCUUCGUGGCGGCAUGCAGAUUUUCGUCAAAACCUUGACAGGAAAAACAAUUACCCUGGAGGUAGAGAGCUCGGAUACGAUUGACAACGUGAAGGCUAAAAUUCAGGACAAAGAAGGGAUCCCACCGGGCCAACAGAGGUUGAUCUUCGCCGGCAAGCAGCUGGAGGACGGCAGGACCCUUGCGGAUUACAAUAUCCAGAAAGAGUCUACUCUCCACCUUGUGCUGAGGCUUCGUGGUGGGGAUAUGAUACUGUAGUGGCCUUUUUUUUAU